AUGGGUGGGAUUGGAAAGACCACCCUUGCUCAGUUUUUGUACAAUGAUGCCAGGGUGAAGAACUAUUUUGACUUGAGAGCAUGGGUGUGUGUCUCGGAAGAGUUCGAUGUAUUCAAUGUCACCAAAACAAUUUAUGAGUCUGCCACAUUGUCGCAUUCUGAUAUCAAAGACUUAAACGUCCUUCAAGUUAGACUAGAGAGGAUAUUGAUGGGAAGAAAAUUUCUACUUGUCUUGGACAAUGUAUGGAAUGAGAGUUAUAGAGCAUGGGAUCUACUGCGUAGACCGUUACAAGUCGGUGUCCCUGGAAGUAAGAUCAUUGUAACUACACGUAGCCAAAGUGUUUCAUCCACGAUGCGUGAUGUGCUUGUUCACGAUUUGAAGAGGUUAUCUAAGGAAGAUUGCUGGGCAUUAUUUGGAAAGCAUGCAUUUGGAAAUAAAGACCCGAAUGAAGAUUCUACUCUGAAAGCAAUUGGUGAGAAAGUUGUGGAAAAAUGCAAAGGCUUGCCUUUGGCUAUUAAAACACUUGGGAGUCUGCUGCAUUCUCAACUAGAAGCUCAGGAGUGGGACAAUGUGCUGAAUAGUGAAAUAUGGGAUCUACCUGAUCAUAAGAGUGACAUUCUACCUGCCUUAAGAUUGAGUUACCAGUAUCUUCCUUCUCAACUAAAGCGCUGCUUUGCAUAUUGUUCCAUAUUUCCUAAGGGCCACAUAUUCGAGAAAGGGGAUUUGGUUCGAAUGUGGAUAGCUGAAGGUCUAGUUCAGCAGCCACACAGUAGAAGAAAGGAGGAAGUAGGCGAGCAGUACUUUCAUGAACUGUUAUCAAGGUCAAUUUUUCAACAGAGUCAUGAUGAAUCACGUUUCAUAAUGCAUGACCUUGUCAACGAUCUAGCUCAAUAUGUAGCAGGAGAAUUUUGCUUCAGGUCCGAGCAUGAUAGCCCUCCCCAAAACCCUGCAAGGGUUCGCCAUUUGUCAUGCAUAUUAAAGCCAAGUGACAAGCCUUAUAAAUUUGAGGCCUUCUAUGGAAAAAAUAAGUUUUUGCGGACCUUCCUUCCGCUCAGAUCACCAGGUGAUGGUAAGACUCCUUUCGAUUCUGGAGUCUUCAACAAAUUGUUUCCAGCGCCCAGUUGCCUGCGGGUAUUGUCAUUAACAUCUUACAAUAUCACAGAGUUCCCUGAUUCAGUUUGCAACGUAAAACAGCUACGCUACUUGGACCUUUCUGGCGCUGCUCUUCGAUGUUUGCCUGAAAGGGUAGGCUGUUUGCAUAACUUGGAGACACUGAAGUUGUCAGGUUGUCAUCGUCUCACGUGGUUGCCAGCAGAACUAAGGAAUCUUACCAAACUAGAACAUCUUGACGUCAAGGGGACGCCUAUCGGGGAGUUGCUUGAUUCAAUUGGCAACUUAAAACAGCUAGGCUACUUGGACUUUUCUGGCACUAAAAUUCGACGUUUUCCUGAAGGAGCAUGUUCUUUGUAUAAUUUGCAGACACUGAAGUUGUCACGUUGUCCUCAGCUCACUUGUUUGCCAACAUGCAUGGAGAAUCUUACCAAAUUGAAGCAUCUUGACAUCAAAGGGACGCCUAUCCUGCAAAUGCCUCCAAAUUUCGGUAAUUUGAAACGUCUUCAGCUGUUGACUAAUUUUGUUGUGGGCAACAAUAGUGGGUCAGCUAUUAGUGAGGUGAAGGAUCUUUCUCUUCUGCAUGGCACCCUUUCCAUUUUGCAGCUACACAAUGUCUCUCAAACAGCAGAUGCAGAAAAGGCCAAUCUAAAGGAUAAGAAAUACCUCCGUGAGUUAAUUUUGGAAUGGGAUAAUCCUGAGAGCCGUAAUGGACAGAGUGCUGGGAAUGAUCCUCAGAAUCUUAGUGCGAAGCAUGCAGCGGAUGUACUUGACAAGUUACUGCCCGGGGAGAAUUUGGAGAGGCUCGAGAUUAAAAACUUCUUUGGUAUGACUUUACCAAAAUGGUUAGGGAAUGCUUCAUUCUCCAAAAUGGAGAGACUAACUCUGGAUAAUUGCCAAACAUGCAACUCACUGCCACCACUUGGGCAACUACCCUCUCUCAAAGAACUCAACAUACAUGACCUGGCUGGAGUAAAAGUCGUGGGCCCCGAAUUCUACGGUAGUGGUGUCGUGGCCUUUAAAUCCCUGGAAAUGUUAUGGUUCGAGAAUAUGGAAAAUUGGGAGCAAUGGUCACCCUCCGCAAAUGCACCAGGAUUCCCGUCCCUUCAAAAACUCUUUAUAAUUAAAUGUAGGAGACUGAAUGCGCCUCUACCCAUCAUCCAACAUCCCCAUUUGGAAUUGCAGAUCGUUGGGUGUGACAAAUUACACAGCAAUGUGACAGCUUGCUAG